AUGGGCGACGACGUUGUGGGCUGGCUCGCCAUGGCUGAGCGCUACAUCAAUGCUCAGCACAUUCCGCCGGAGGAACGCGUAGCUGCCGUGGCAGCAAAUUUCGGGCCCAAUCCAUCACUUUGGAUGAACUUCUAUGAACAGAGGAAUCCCAAUCCAACUUGGGAACAAUUUGUAGUAGCUUUCAUGGCCCAUUUUGGUGGCGGCACCAUCACAGACUACAAGACUGCUCUCUCCCAUCUGCUGCAAACAUCGUCAGUCGAUGCCUUCAUCUCCGAAUUCACUCUCUUGGCUUGUAGGAUUCCGGAGUGGACCAAUGAUGAUUUUCUCUCCAUGUUCCUUGGUGGCUUGAAACCAGAGAUACAACAUGACGUCCGGCUAUUGGAUCCCAGAACCUUGGCCGAUGCUCAACGUAUGGCUCGGAGAUACGAGCGGAAGCUACAAGACAAAGCCAUUAGCCGACCAUCUCGCCCCUUCCCUUGGCAAACCACAAACCGCCAAACCAACCUUUACCCUGCCACAUCCCUUUCAUCCACCACUUCUAGCUCAAGUCAACUUCACCCCAGCCAAUCCCGAACUCCAAACACUGCAUCAGCUCCAAAUUCAAACCCAAGACCACCAACGGGUACACCAUUUUGUCAAUGGUCCUCAGCUCACCAGCGAGAACGCAGAGCCCAAGGACUUUGUCUCCAUUGUGAUGACAAAUGGUCCCCCAACCAUGUGUGUAAAAACCCUGUCUUGGCCAUACUCGAGGCUCUUACGCCAUGUGAGCCCAGUGCAUUGGAGGAGGAAGAAGUAGCAUUGAUCGAUGCAGAACAGCCUGACCCAUUACCCUUGCAUGCCAUCACAACCACCAAUUCCCAUGACAUGAUGAGGUUCAAGGGAUCGAUCAAUGGCUUGCCGAUCGAUGUGUUUGUGGAUUGUGGAUCGGUGAAGAACUUUCUCAGCCCAGUCGUAGCAGCAAAGGUUGGCUGCACCAUCUCUCCUCCAGCAAGAAUGGGUUUCACCACUACUACAGGGGAACCAAUCAAGGCUUUGGGCACUGCUGAGCAUGUCACUGUCGAAAUUCAGAGCUACAAAUUCACUCGCUCCUUCCAAUUAUUGCAGGUUGUGAACUGCGAUUUGUUACUUGGUUGUGAGUGGCUCAGUACAUUGGGAUUCAUAGGCAUGCAUUUCGCAGAGAAGGUUAUGGUUUUUACUGCUGAGAGUCGUUGUCAUGCCCACGACCCAUGUAUUCAAGCCCUUCUUCAUGCUUAUGCCGAUUUGUUCUCCACACCCACCGGCCUCCCACCCAAAAGGAACAUCGAUCACUGCAUUCCUCUCAUACUUGGCACUACUCCGGUGAAUGUCAGGCCGUACCGGUACGCGCAUUCCCAGAAGUCCGAACUAGAGACUCAAGUUUUGGAGAUGCUUGAUCAAGGCAUCAUUCGCCCUAGUCGAAGCCCUUAUUCCUCUCAUGUGCUUCUAGUGCGCAAGAAUGAGCGUACAUGGCGUUUUUGUAUUGAUUAUCGUGCUCCCAAUGCUGUAACGGUCAAGGAUAGGUUUCCUAUUCCCAAUGUUGAUGAGUUGUUGGAUGAGCUACAUGGGGUACUUACUUCACCAAGCUUGAUAUCCACUCCGGUUACCACCAACUUCGUAUGA